AUGAAAGUUACGAGCACAUCUUGCAUCUGUCCAGUCCUAGUGUGUCUCUGUUUUGUACAGAGGUGUUAUGGAACUGCACACCACAGCUCCAUCAAGGUGAACAAAAAUCAAACCAAACACAUUGAAGGCGAAACUGAAGUUCACCAUCGUCCCAAAAGGGGAUGGGUAUGGAAUCAGUUCUUUGUUUUAGAAGAACAUAUGGGACCAGAUCCACAAUAUGUUGGAAAACUGCACUCCAAUUCUGACAAAGGUGAUGGGUCUGUCAAGUACAUCCUUACUGGAGAAGGCGCCGGGACUAUAUUUAUUAUUGAUGAUACGACGGGUGACAUCCACUCAACGAAAAGCCUAGACAGAGAGCAGAAGACUCAUUAUGUGCUUCAUGCCCAGGCUAUUGACAGACGGACAAACAAACCUCUUGAACCUGAAUCUGAGUUCAUCAUCAAAGUACAAGAUAUCAACGACAAUGCUCCAAAAUUCACUGAUGGACCGUACAUUGUCACAGUGCCUGAAAUGUCAGAUAUGGGUACCUCUGUUCUACAGGUGACAGCUACUGAUGCAGAUGACCCUACCUAUGGAAACAGCGCUCGGGUGGUUUACAGUAUUCUCCAGGGACAACCCUACUUCUCUGUAGAUCCUAAAACAGGAGUUAUUAGAACUGCCUUACAUAACAUGGACAGAGAAGCCAGAGAACACUACUCGGUGGUCAUUCAAGCCAAAGAUAUGGCUGGGCAAGUUGGAGGGCUUUCAGGAUCUACAACGGUCAACAUCACCUUGACCGAUGUCAAUGACAACCCACCACGGUUUCCUCAGAAGCACUAUCAGCUGUAUGUUCCUGAGUCAGCUCAAGUUGGUUCAGCUGUUGGGAAAAUUAAGGCGAAUGAUGCAGACACAGGCUCAAAUGCUGACAUGACAUACUCCAUCAUAAAUGGUGAUGGUAUUGGGAUAUUCUCCAUCUCUACUGACAAAGAGACCAGAGAAGGAAUCCUUUCCUUAAAGAAGCCACUGAACUAUGAAAAAAAGAAGUCAUAUACCCUCAACAUAGAAGGAGCAAAUACACAUCUUGAUUUUCGCUUUUCUCACUUGGGUCCUUUUAAAGAUGCUACCAUGCUGAAGAUCAUUGUUGGGGAUGUAGAUGAACCACCACUAUUUUCCAUGCCUUCCUAUGUCAUGGAAGUCUAUGAAAAUGCCAAGAUCGGGACCAUUGUGGGCACAGUUUUAGCACAAGAUCCUGACAGCGCUAACAGCUUAGUAAGAUACUUCAUCAACUACAAUGCUGGAGAUGAUAGAUUUUUCAACAUUGAUGCCAAUACUGGAACCAUUAAGACUACAAAGGUUCUUGACAGAGAAGAAACUCCAUGGUACAACAUCACAGUUGCUGCUUCAGAAAAUGACAAUCCUGGUUUGCUGAGCCAUGUCACAGUGGGUAUUAGAGUUCUGGAUGUCAAUGACAAUCCACCUGAACUUGCCAGGGAAUAUGAUAUUGUUGUCUGUGAAAAUUCUAAGCCUGGCCAGGUUAUUCACACCAUCAGUGCCACUGAUAAGGAUGAUUUUGCCAAUGGACCAAGGUUUAACUUCUUUCUUGAUGAACGCCUGCCUAUAAAUCCAAACUUCACUCUUAAGGACAAUGAAGAUAACACAGCCAGCAUUCUGACAAGGCGGAGGAGAUUUAGUCGCACUGUUCAGGAUGUGUAUUAUCUGCCCAUUAUGAUCUCUGAUGGUGGAAUCCCCUCUCUCAGCAGCAGCAGCACCCUCACCAUCAGGGUUUGUGCAUGCGAGAGAGAUGGGCGUGUGCGGACCUGCCAUGCAGAAGCCUUCCUGUCCUCGGCUGGCUUGAGUACAGGAGCCUUAAUCGCUAUUCUUCUCUGUGUUGUCAUUCUCCUGGCGAUCGUAGUCAUUUUUAUCACCUUGAGGCGCAGCAAGAAAGAGCCUUUGAUCAUUUCAGAGGAGGAUGUGCGGGAGAACGUGGUCACCUAUGAUGAUGAGGGUGGAGGGGAGGAGGACACUGAAGCCUUUGACAUCACAGCCUUGAGGAAUCCUUCUGCUGCUGAGGAGCUCAAGUACCGGAGAGAUAUCAGACCUGAAGUGAAGCUCACUCCCAGACACCAGACAUUGUCCACCCUGGGAAGUAUAGACGUUCAGGAAUUUAUUAAGCAAAGACUGGCAGAAGCAGACCUAGACCCUAGUGUGCCCCCUUAUGACUCUCUUCAGACUUAUGCCUAUGAGGGUCAGAGAUCAGAAGCUGGGUCUAUCAGCUCGCUGGAUUCAGCAACCACACAAUCAGACCAGGAUUAUCAGUACCUUGGAGACUGGGGACCUGAGUUUAAAAAGUUAGCUGAACUCUAUGGAGAAAUAGAAUCGGAAAGAACAACUUAG